AUGGAAACUGAAACCGAAACUCAAAACGGCUCAGCUGUUUGUCCCAGCUCGGCUCCGUCUCCUGUCCGUCCUUUCGCAUGCGACGGCACGAUGGGACGCCACUUAGCUCGGCGGCUAGUUGAGAUCGGCGUCCGUGACGUCUUCUCUGUUCCCGGCGACUUCAAUUUAACUCUUCUCGACCACCUGAUCGCUGAGCCGGAGCUUAAUCUUGUCGGCUGCUGCAACGAGCUUAACGCCGGAUAUGCUGCUGACGGUUACGCGCGUGCCAAAGGUGUCGGCGCGUGUGUUGUUACUUUCACCGUUGGUGGACUUAGUAUCCUCAACGCCAUCGCCGGAGCUUACAGUGAGAAUCUUCCGGUGAUUUGUAUUGUUGGAGGACCUAAUUCUAAUGACUAUGGUACCAACCGAAUCCUUCAUCAUACUAUUGGAUUACCUGAUUUCUCUCAGGAGCUUCAGUGCUUUCAGACGAUCACAUGUUUUCAGGCUGUGGUGAAUAACUUGGAUGAUGCACAUGAACUUAUUGAUACUGCAAUUUCUACUGCUUUGAAGGAAAGCAAGCCUGUUUAUAUAAGUAUAGGUUGUAAUCUUCCUGGAAUUCCUCAUCCAACUUUUGCUAGGGACCCUGUUCCAUUUUUUCUUGCACCAAGGGUAAGCAAUCAAGCAGGGUUAGAAGCGGCAGUGGAAGAAGCAGCUGCUUUUCUAAACAAAGCUGUGAAGCCAGUUAUUGUGGGUGGGCCAAAACUAAGGGUUGCAAAAGCACAAAAGGCUUUUAUGGAGUUUGCAGAAGCUAGUGGAUAUCCAAUAGCUGUUAUGCCCUCUGGCAAAGGACUUGUACCAGAAAACCAUCCACAUUUCAUCGGAACAUACUGGGGUGCUGUUAGUACUAGCUAUUGUGGGGAGAUAGUGGAGUCUGCUGAUGCAUAUGUUUUUGUUGGUCCCAUCUUCAAUGACUAUAGCUCUGUUGGAUACUCAUUGUUGAUCAAGAAGGAGAAAUCCUUAAUAGUACAGCCUAAUCGAGUCACCAUUGGCAAUGGUCUUUCGUUGGGCUGGGUUUUCAUGGCUGAUUUCUUAACUGCAUUGGCUAAAAAGGUGAAGACUAACACCACGGCUAUGGAGAACUACCGUCGUAUCUAUGUUCCUCCAGGCAUUCCUCUUAAGCGGGAGAAGGAUGAACCUCUUCGAGUUAAUGUUCUAUUCAAGCACAUUCAGGCGCUAAUUAGUGGAGAUACUGCUGUAAUAGCUGAAACUGGAGAUUCAUGGUUUAACUGUCAGAAGCUUCGUCUUCCUGAGAAUUGCGGUUAUGAAUUUCAGAUGCAGUAUGGAUCAAUUGGUUGGUCAGUUGGUGCUACUCUUGGAUACGCACAGGCUGCAACAGAUAAGCGUGUGAUUGCGUGCAUAGGGGAUGGAAGUUUUCAGGUGACAGCCCAAGAUAUUUCAACAAUGAUCCGUUGUGGACAAAGAAGCAUCAUCUUUCUGAUCAACAACGGAGGUUAUACAAUUGAAGUUGAGAUUCAUGAUGGCCCAUAUAACGUGAUCAAGAAUUGGGACUAUACCGGCUUUGUGAGUGCCAUCCAUAAUGGACAAGGGAAAUGCUGGACUGCCAAGGUACGUACAGAGGAAGAUUUGACAGAAGCAAUUGCAACAGCUACUGGAGCAGAGAAAGAUUCACUAUGUUUUAUAGAAGUUUUUGCACAUAAGGAUGAUACCAGCAAAGAGUUGCUAGAAUGGGGAUCUCGUGUUGCUGCGGCCAACAGUCGUCCUCCUAAUCCCCAAUAG